AUGGACAAAUCGUCGCUCCCCGACUCCGAGUCCGUCCGUGCCCUCGAGGAGAAGACAAGCUCCUUCCAGUCUGACCUCCGGCCAGUAUACAAUUCGGAAGUGGACACGUCGGGUGUCGACGAGAAGAAGCUUAUACGCAAGAUCGACUUUGCGUUGAUUCCCUGGUUUUCACUUCUCUUCAUGCUCUCAUUUCUCGACCGGACGAGUAUUGGAAAUGCAAAGCUUUACCAUAUGGAAGCCGACCUCAACAUCACAGAUAGCCAGUAUCUCAUUGCCUUGACUGUCUUCUUCAUUGCCUAUGCAACCUUCGAAAUUCCGUCCAACAUCAUCCUCAAGCGUUUCCGACCAGCAGUCUGGUUUUCAACUAUCAUGAUUGGGUGGGGGCUGAUCAUGACCCUUCAAGGAGUGGCACACAACUUCGGCGGCAUUACGACACUUCGUUGGAUGCUAGGGACUUUUGAGGCGGGCCUGUAUCCAGGCAUUGUCUAUCAUUCAAGCUCCUGGUAUAAGCGAUCUGAAUUGGGCCUUCGAGCGGCUAUAUUUACCUCAGCCACGGGAGCUGGCGCUUUCGGCGGGCUUCUUGCGGCUGCGAUUUCGAAUAUGGGCGGCAUUGCAGGAAGGCCAGCAUGGGCGUGGAUAUUCAUCCUUGAAGGUCUUGUCACCAUCGUCGUCGGAAUACUAUCCUUCUGGUUUGUUCAAGACUUCCCGGACACUGCAAAGUUCCUCACCGAGGAGGAACGGACGUUUGUCAUCCGGAGACUGCAAGAUGAUGGCCUCUUUUCGGCUGGAGGUGAGCGUAUACGGUGGAAGAGCAUCGUCGCGAGUCUCAAGGAGAAGAAGACUUGGAUCAAUAUGGUCCAAGUGAUGGGCUGCAAUAUGCCCUUGUAUGCGUUCUCGUUAUUCACUCCUUCCAUCGUCAGCCAGGUUUGUCACACUUGGUUCGUUCAAUGCUCUCUUGGUGUCGAGUCAAACUUGCUGAAUCUACUAGGCUUCAAGGCAACCAAGGCCAAUCUGAUGUCUGUCCCCAUAUAUGUUUCUGCGGCAAUCAUGACCGUUAUCGUCGCCGUCUGGGUCGAUAGAUAUGGGAAUAGAGGAAUGUGGAAUAUAGCCCUGCUUUUGCUUUCCGCCAUUGGUUAUGUAAUUUUGCUCGUUUCAAAGAAUGCUCCGCUCUCGUAUUUUGCUGUCUAUGUUGCCAGUUGGGGAAUUUUCCCUGCCGUACCGAAUACAGUGACGUGGAUUGCAAACAACAAUGAAGGAUCGGUGAAGCGCGGUGUCACUUUGGCGGCGGCCAUUGGCAUGGGCAAUCUGCAUGGAGCUGUGAGCUCUAACGUGUAUCGCGCUCGCGACCAACCACGGUAUCAUUUGGGUCAUGGACUGGUUUUGAUGUAUAUUUGCAUGGGCAUCAUCGCCAAUUCGCUCUUCCUCUAUCUGAUCAGGAAAGAGAACGCUCGACGGGACCGUGGUGAACGAGACGAGGUCAUUGGCCCGGAGACAUUAGCGGAUAACGGAAAUGGGCGGUUUGAGACGGUGGAAGAUGCCAAACGGGAGAAGGGGGACAACUGGAGUGGCUAUCGUUAUGUUCUGUGA